CAUAAGGUGGACAGGUGGUGCAAGCAAAAUCUUGGCCUGUGCACUUCAUAGCUCAUGCUCAGACAGUGACAGUCUUCAGUUCAAGCUCAGUGCCUCAUUGUGGAGUUCAUCACAUAAAACAUACCAAGAUAACCAAACACAUAAGCUCAGUCUCCCAUGGAGCCCAAGUCUUCUUCCUCCCACUACCUGCAGCACUCUGCAACCUUGACAUCAACAAGAAGAAACUCAUUCCAAGGAGUAGGAAUUGAUGCUGGAGGAGGAGGAGGCAGCAACCCAUUUGGGCCCACAUUCAGUGACCCACUCUGCAGCCUCAACCUCAAGGAGACCUCAGAGUUCGUGAGGUCCUCCUUUCCCAUGGCUACCUUGGCCAGGAGCAACAGCAGCAAUGGCGCCGGCAAUGGCCGCGGGGGCCAUGGGUACCACCACGAGAGCUCCACGGCUUCCUCCUCCUCUUCCUCCUCAGCCUCAGCUCAGAGGAGGAGAGCUGAGCAGCAGCAGCAGGUGCCAGCGACUCCGGGGAGGCCAUUGCUGUUCCUCAACUCGUCGAGCCCUGCACAUCCGCAGCUCAUCUCUGCGAGAAGGUCGGUGCCUUCCAAGUGGGAGGAUGCGGAGAAGUGGCUGAGGCAGGCGUCGUCCGACCACCAUGGCCAUCACCUUGGCAAGGCUUCCAAGCUGCAGAACGGCGGCCAGGAGGAGAAGAAAGCUCCGGUGAGGAGGUCGGUGGAUGCAGACGUCAAUGCUCUUGCUUUGUACACGUCUCCUGCAGCAGAAGUGUUCCUCAAAGACAAGUUCACUGACAAUGUGGAGCCCUCCAAGGAGAGCUUCGUGUUCCGGAGCUCCUACUGCGAGCCAACGAAGAACACGGCGGUGCGGGCGGCGGCGGCCGACGACCUCGACCACCGGCGUGACAUCGGCACCGAGAUGACGCCGCUGGGCAGCUCCACCACCUCGAGGUGCCACACGCCGAUCAAGAGCACCUCCCCGGCGAGGCACAACACGCCGGCGAGCCGGUCGGGCCCCCUGGUGCCGUACAACGGCAGCAGCGGUGGCCAGGACAUCUCCGACCUGGCCGACUGCCACUUCGCCAAGCUGGAGCUCGGCGCGCAGUUCGACGCCAUGCUCAUCAACUGGAGCUCCAAGGAGGAGGAGGAAGAGGAGGUGUCCAAGAGCUUGAGGCACUUUGAGGCCAGCGUCGCCGUCGAUAAACGCGGCGGCGCCGCUGAUUGCCGGUGGGAGGAUGAUGACAGGGCCAAGAGCUGCAUAAGGUAUCAGAGGGAAGAGGCAAAGAUUCAAGCUUGGAUUAAUCUUGAGAGUGCCAAGGCUGAAGCACAGUCCAGAAAGCUAGAGGUGAAGAUUCAGAAGAUGAGGUCGAACCUGGAGGAGAAGCUGAUGAGGAGGAUGACGACCGUGCACCGACGCGCCGAGGAGUGGCGAGCGACGGCGCAGGCGCAGCACCUGCAGCAGCUGAAGCGCGCCGCCGAGCAAGUCCGGCGGGCCAAGGCCACGGCCAACCACCACCACCUCACCGGGAGCAAUGCCUCCUGUGGAUGCUUCCCCUGUAAUGGCAGCAGCAACAUCAUCAGUGGCAACCUCCUCAACUACUAUUAGCUAGGACCAAGAAUGCCAAUUUUUCAGGAGAUCAACAGGUUCUUGAUGAUUGUAAUGGAUGUUUGGAACGUGUGAACGUGGAAAUGUGGAGUUGGUGUCAUGUAUCAAAAAGCCUUGAUUUUUCAAGGUGAUAUAUACCAGAUUGCUGAAUGCCAUAUGU